AUGAUACUUCACAAAACUAUCCACGGCAAAUAUAUUAACGCAACGGCAUUCUUCUCCGCUUUCUCGUUCUAUCUCUCUAUAUGUCGCCUCUAUCCCUCCCUAUAUUUGUUUCUUUUUCAAUGUCUUUUUCAGUCCUACACUCGCAUUAUUAAGGUUAAUCGAUAUUUACUAGGCAAAGCUUUGUUAAACACAUUUUUAGUACUUGGAAAAUUUUCUAUAUCUAUCUAUCUAUCUAUCUAUCUAUCUAUCUAUCUAUCUAUCUAUCUAUCUAUCUCAAUCUGUUCACAUCUAUUCAUCUAUCUCUCUGAAUCUGUUCAUAUUCAUAUCUAUCUAUCUAUCUAUCUAUCUAUCUAUCUAUUUAUCUAUCUAUCUCAAUCUGUUCACAUCCAUUCAUCUAUCUCUCUGAAUCUGUUCAUAUUCAUAUCUAUCUAUCUAUCUAUCUAUCUCAAUCUGUUGACCAUUAUCUAUCUAUCUAUCUCCGGGAGAUCAUUAUCUAUCUAUCUAUUUAAGGUUGAUCAUCAUCUAUCUAUCUAUCUAUCUAUCUAUCUAUCUAUCUAUAUCUAUCUAUCUAAGCUUAUUUGUUAUCUCUCUCUCUCUAUCUAA